CAGGCGACAAACCUACAUGUCUACAGGAGGCGCACAGUCCGCAGAUAUGGCCAGGUGCAGGUACCGGAGGUGGAAGAUAUUCUCGCUGUUCCUGACGGGACUGUUCGUAUUAACCUGCUACUUGUUCAGUGCCUCGGUCAGCAGCAUACAGACUCAGAUGUUUCGCAUGGUCGACUAUCGGCAGUCCUUCUCACGGCACCUGACUUCUCAAACCAACCAAGACCCCAUCAACCACAACCACCAGAAUCUGCCGGCAAACGGAAGACACCAUCAGACCGACUCCAACCAGGAACCCUGCCAACCUCUGGACACGGCCUUUACCACUUACACCAUACUGAACAAGCAGGUUAGGUAUCCACUUGGCUCUUUUCUCCACGUAAGACUAACGACAAGGAAUGGUACAGGUUCUCCUCGCACGUGUGGCGGUGACUUCUUCCAAGCGAAACUCUUCUCUCCGAAGCUAAACGCCAGCACAGCCGGGAAGAUUGUCGACCACCAGAACGGUACCUACAGCGUCAGCUUCCUACUAGGCUGGACGGGACGUGCCUUCUUGUCAGUUGAGCUAGUCCACCCUCGGGAGGCGAUACAAGGGCUCAGGAAAGUACGGGAGACGCCAAACACAGGAUACCUCUUCAACGGGACGUUCUACGACAAUCAGGAGAUUCUAGACGAACAGAAGUGUUACAGUAGCAAAGAGGCCGGGUUUGAUAACGAAGAGGAGUACUGUUCUUACACCAAACCCGAGGCAAACAUUUCCUUCUGGUGCCGGAGACCGAAGAGGAAGGGCGUCAGCUGCGAGCAGCUCGCGUUCGUGAUUUCAGACUUGGCCAACAAGGAGAAAUAUGACGAGGCCAACGGCAAACUUCUCAAUGAGGACGAGUGGGUGUAUUUCAGAAAAGGGCAAUAUUUUCAAGUCGAGAUAGCCGCAGAGGAUGGAAUAAGUGAAGUGAUUGUUGCACAAAAAGAGCUGGUCCGCUGUGCCGAACCGCUCGGCAUGGCUAGCGGGUCCAUCCGGGACGGUCAGCUGAGCGCCUCCUCGGCGGUGGGAGGGUACGAGGCGCACCGAGCGCGUCUGCACGGCCAGCGGGCAUGGGAACCCGACAGUAAGGACACUUCUCAGUGGCUGCAGGUGGACCUCAAGGUCCAAAAGGUAGAGUAA